AUGGCCUCAGAUCCGUCGUCCGACACGGCGGAAUCACUUAGGGCCUUCAUAUCGCGUCAACGAACUCUUCUCUCCCUCGAACGUGAAGCCGAGAUUGAACGCACGUCUCUAUUACUCACAAAUUGCACCCCGCGACUUCUUGAGCAGAAGGGGCUUGCGUUGGGUAGUUUGGGUGUGGUCUCUGCAGGUAUAGGACUCGGUGGAAAGACAUUAGUCGAAUUAGAGCGUCCUGCGGCAUUCCAUUCCUCACAGCUGUUUCCACCUCAUACGUUCAGGCCUGGAGAUAUUGCACGCGUCGAGGAAAAUUUUUCUCUAGCAUUGCCCAAAAAGCAAGCUGGAAAGACAAAGAAAGCACAGAACGCUGAUACCGACGCGAAGACUUCCAGAUCAGCAGAGGGAGUGGUGUACAAGGUAACGGAUACCCGGAUUGUCAUAGCGCUCGAUCCUCCAGACUCUGGAGAUACAGACGUAGAGUUCCCCGAUCGUUGUCGUGUUGUCAAGCUUGCCAACAGCAUCACAUAUGACCGGAUGGAAAAGGCUCUCGAUCGACUCGAGAAGACCGUACUGCCUUCCUCUCGCAAGCCCGAUGAUAAGACCGAUUACCAGUUGACGCCUCUUAUCCGCGUGCUGCUCGGAAUGUCGCCUCCGUCCAAACCAACGUACACAGAUGAUAUCACCUUUUAUGACCCCUCCCUAAAUGCGAGCCAAAAACGAGCAGUUAAAUUUGCUCUCGCAGCUAAAGAAGUAGCGUGCAUCCAUGGCCCACCAGGAACUGGCAAGACCCACGCUCUCAUAGAAGUCAUUAGGCAGCUUACCUCCACCCCUGUGGAGGCAGGUAUACGGAAUCCGACUCGUGUCCUCGUGUGUGGAGCAUCUAACCUUUCAGUCGACAAUAUCCUCGAGCGGCUUCUUGAUCUCCCCGCACCUGAUAAAGGAAAAGGGGAUCCACUCAAAGUUACGCGUAUCGGACAUCCAGCAAGGGUGAUGGCGAACGAGGGAGUACUUGAGUCAACGCUAGAGGUGAAGGCGAGCCGCAGUGACCAAGCAGCGCUUGCAAAGGACGUCAAAGCAGAGAUAGAUGCGGCGUUGGACGUUCUGGCUGGAAAAGGUAAGGGGAAGGGUACCAAGAAACCACGUGGGCUUGAGAGAAAAAAGAUGUGGGAGGAUGUAAGAGCACUGAGAAAGGAAUACCGCCAACGAGAAGGCGGUGUUGUGAAGGCAGUCCUCGGAGAAUCCCAAAUUGUUCUUGCUACAUGCCACACGGCGGGUAGCAGGCAGCUUCAGAAUCAUACCUUUGACGUAGUCAUCAUCGAUGAGGCUACACAGGCCAUGGAAGUCGUGUGCUGGGUUCCUAUAUUCAAAGCCAAGAAACUCAUCUUGGCGGGCGACCCGAUGCAACUUCCUCCUACCAUCCUAUCUCUUGAUAAGCGCAGAAAAAACGGUAGAGCCAAAGGUCCGACAGUGAAAGGUUCACCUGAAGUUAAGCAAAAGACGAACAAGAGUUUCGCAAAGACUACCGAAAAGCCUCAAAGUCAGGCAAUCCAGACGGAAGCUGCGCGGGAACAGGAGUUCUCCAGUUCUACAGACUCUGACUCAGAUUCAGUCAAGGGAGAUGAAUUUAUUGCAGAGGAGGAUGUUACCCCUGUGAAUGACGAGACAGAAACAAAACCCGCACGACCUAAGAAGCCCGAAAAGCGGCCCAUCCUCCGGCCCCCGCGUACGCUCGAGGCCACACUCUUUGACCGCCUAGAGAAAAUGUAUGGUCCUGGAAUCAAGCGUCUCCUUAACAUCCAAUACCGUAUGCACGCUCAGAUAUGCGAGUUCCCUUCCAAAACACUCUACGCCUCCAAACUAAAGUCACACGAAUCCGUCUCAUCACAUCUUCUGCAAGAUUUGCCUAACACGAGUGCAUUCGUCGCAUCCGAGGAUGACGACACUGUCAAGGAGGUUCUCAGAACGCCUGUUAUAUUUUUCGAUACUGCAGGUUGCGAGUACUUUGAAAGGUUGGAAGGGGACGGCGAUGAAGGUAGUCGGUGUAAUGAGAACGAGGCUACGGUCGUCAAGGCGUGGACCGAGAGACUGGCCGGCGCUGGCUUGCAUCCAUCCCAGAUAGCCAUCAUCACGCCGUACCAGGCACAGGUGACCCUCCUAACGUCCCUUCUGCGUCCCAUCUAUGGUCCCGGGCUUGAGAUUGGUACCGUUGAUGGUAUGCAGGGCCGCGAGAAAGAUGCGGUGAUCAUCAGUCUUGUCCGAAGCAAUGAAAAGCGCGAGGUUGGUUUCCUGAAAGAGAAACGUCGGCUUAACGUUGCUAUGACACGUGCAAAGAGACACUUGUGUGUCGUAGGCGAUUCGUCGACAGUCCAACACGGCGGGGGGUAUUUGAAGAAGUGGCUCGCUUGGCUGGAGGCAAAUGCAGACGUGAGAUUCGCAGAGGUGUAGACUGAUGUGGACUGCAGUCACGAUCAAACUCCCAGCCCAGGGCCACAGCAAGGUCCGCAGUUAAUGGGGAAUGUGUGGGCCUGCAAGUGGCUAGUGAUCUAUGUGCAGGCCCGCAGCGCGAGUAAUGAAGAUCAUGAUGGUAACGAAUUUAGGGUACGAGCCAAAUAACACAGGUAGCAACGCGUGCAGUACAUGUGGUUGGUUUGAAUGUACCUAUGUCAUCAGAAGG